AUGUCAUCCACCGACUCACACAAAUCAGAUUCAAAAUCUAAAUCGGCAGCAAGUAAAACUGAGGAAGAUACGCAGCAACUGCGUACAAGUUUAGAAAGUACAAGCAGUUCAGCUAGUGCCGCCGUUGCUGCCACUACUGCUACUGCUACUCCUGCUACUGCUUCUGCUUCUGCAUCUGCGGACUCGCCGUCAUCAUCAGCAAAUAAAUCUGGGGAAAGUGGCAUACGCGCCAAAUUUGCCGUACAAACCCCGCCAAAUUUGUCAGGCUUAUCUGGUUCGUCAUCUUCAAAGAAAUCCAUCACCACAAAGCCACAAUCGUCACCGUUACUAUCAUCGACUCCGCCGCUGGUAUCCAAAGCUUUAGUCAAUGCUUAUCCCUAUUUGCUAAUUGUCAAUAAGAUUUUAUCGAUUGCCACUUGGACAAACGAGGACUACUGGGUUAAUGUUGUGCUCUUAGCAUUGUACGCACUCUUUGUCCUAUACUUUGAGCAGGUUGUAACCUGGCUUGGUCAUUUACUCAUUGCUGCUGCUAUAACUUUGUAUGCCGUAUUGAACAAUCGCAUCAUUGAGGAAGCAAGUCUUCGUCCAACUUUGGACGAUGUUGUCCAAGCAUUAAAUGCUACUUGUUUGAAAGCCGACAUGCUAUUAUUACCAAUAACAUCACUCUCCUUAACAGCAUACGACAUUAAACGGCUCUUGUUUACUACGGUUUUUCUCACACCAAUCUAUCUCGUUUUAACCUUUUUAUUUAUUAGACCAAGGACGAUCUUGCUUUUUACUGGAGUAUUCUUGAUGACAUACCAUUCUUCUUAUUCAAUUGUAAUUAGAAGGAUCUUAUGGCAGAUAAAAUUGGUGCGUCUUAUUUGUUUUUACUUGACUGGACUCGACUUGUCGCAAACAAGAAACCACUCGUUGUUUGCAGCUGCGUUUGCAAAAGUGCAGAGUAAUAGUCAGGAUGGUUUAGGUAGAGGAUCUACAAAGCCAGUCAGAUUUACUUAUGUUAUAUACGAAAACCAGAGAAGAUGGCUUGGUAUAGGGUGGACAUCAAACUUGCUUUCGUACGAAAGAACUGCUUGGACUGAUGAAUUUCUCAAUGAAAGUAGCUCAAUUGAGACAUUUAAAUUGCCUAAUACAACCGAUAGCAACAAUUUGCCCAUAACCUCAGACAUUGAAGGUGCUAGCUGGAGGUGGGUAGACAAAACUUGGAGAUUGGAUUUGACCAACGAUGGGGCAAUCACUUUACCAGCAUCAAAACAUUCCAAAACAACUGCAAACCCCACAUCCGAUGAGGGCUUCGUAUAUUACGAUAAUGUUUGGAAGAAGCCAACAACAGAAGAUUCAUUUUCCAAGUAUACAAGAAGAAGAAGGUGGAUAAGAACUGCAGAAUUGAUUUACAAUCAGAACAAUAGCAAUAGUAGUGGUAUCAAUAACCAAGCGGGAAGUAAUGUAGUUGGAUCUGCACUCGAAGAGAAAAUUGAGAGCCUCAAUGAUCCUGUAAAGGCCACCGGUAAUGAUAUGAAGGAAAAAAAAGUCAAAAACUUACGAUUUGCGGAGAAUUCCGAAGAUGCAAAGCAAAUUGAUGUUGAUACCAAGACUAAUGUAGUAGAUGGUGCAAAUGUUGCUAACGAAGAAGCUGUAGCAUCAGACAAAAAGGCUCUAUAG